CCGAUGCACAUCGGCCCGGCACGCGUUGUCACGCUCGAUUAGCGCGCGAGUAGUCGGAUCACGCACAUCACUACUCAAUUUCAAAUUUCGAACUCAUUCGAAUUUCAAGACGUUCCGAUUGUGGUGUUGUGAAAAUUAUGUGUUAAUUUUUUUAUUGUUCUCUGAUUUGUGUUACGCGGAUUUUUAGAAUUAGGUGACUUUUGAAUGUUUAUGCGUUUCGGAAUGAGAAUAAAAUGAUGAAAUAUCGCCAAAUGCUGAACUUUGAUGCGAGUCCGAAAAUGAAAAUUUCUGCAGCAGACAGCCAGGGGUCUGGCAGCCCGCCCCCGAGUCCUACCGACUCUGUGGCAUCAGAAUCAGCGCCUACCCUCGUCCACAUCAAGCAGGAAAACAUGCCUCCCGGUACAGACAUUAAAGACUAUUAUGGCUCGCUCGACUUCGGCCUGCCCGAUACGUACAUACCACCCACCUACCCUGAAUACGGCCCAGGCUUCGGAAGACCACUGGACCUACAGAACCAAAGAUAUCUCGAUCCAGAAAAGAGUCCAAAAGACAAAGACGAUCCCAAAGAUGAUGAUCAUACAGAAAAUCCAAAUCUGAAUCUACCUAACGAAUUAGUUCUGAAAGGGAACGGUGUGUACGCAAGAGCGACUGUAUCGGCAGGUACGAAAUACGGGCCCUUCAUCGGAAAGUGGGGAACACAGCCGCUGGAUCCAAAAUACGCUUGGGAGGUCCUCGGCAAGAACGGCAUCCGCGGCUGGCUGGACGGCACCGCCGAGAAGACCAACUGGCUGAAGCUGGUCCGCUCCACCAACUACCCUCAUGACGUCAACGUGCAGCACCAGUUGCAUGCUGGACAAGUGUGGUACAAAGUAGUUCGCGAGGUCCAGUCGGGCCAAGAACUUCUGCUGGGUCCCAGGACACCGCUGCCGCUGCAAGAUGUCCUGCCUACUGCAACAGAACAUCAGAGCUCCAGCAACAAGUAUUCCUCCCAGCCAGCCGACGACGAGGAGCGUGAGGACGUCGAGCCCCGGUGCUCCUUCUGCGAUGCGCCUUUCCCUAAUAUCGAUGUGCUCGACCGCCACCUGAUUCAAGCGCACGCGCAGCCAGCCGGCGCGUUCCACUGCGAGCUGUGUAACCGAGCAUACAGCUCGCGAGCGCUGCUGCUUCGGCACCGCGCGCUCGCGCACACCGACAUCAGGAAAUACCCGUGCGAGAACUGCCCUAAGGUAUUUACCGAUCCUUCCAACCUCCAGCGCCACAUUCGCGCGCAGCACGUCGGCGCUCGCAGCCACGCGUGUCCCGAGUGCGGGAAGACCUUCGCCACCUCCUCCGGCCUGAAGCAGCACACGCAUAUCCACUCCAGCGUCAAGCCUUUCCAGUGCAAGGUCUGCUUCAAGUCUUACACCCAGUUUUCGAACCUAUGCCGGCACAAGCGGAUGCACGUCGCCUGUCGAGCUCUGGUCGAGUGCGGCAAAUGCGGACAGUCCUUCACGUCCUACGCUUCGCUAACUAAACACAAGCGGUUCUGCGAAACUGCUGCAGCAGCAUCAGUAAAUCUGCGAGGACAAAUGCCUCAGGGUCUUCCCCAGAUACCGCCGCUGCCAAACGUGGCAAUGAAUAACCACAAUAACGCUAAUCCGUUCCCCUUGUACAGGGGACCGCAGCUACCGCUCCCUUACAACACAUUCGCACACUACCCAGCUCUAUUCUCGGCUGCUGCUGCCGCUUGUCAGCCAGAUCUAUUCAACCCUCUUUUAUUCAAUGUCCAAGGCGCCCGAUUGGCCAUGGAACACGAUAUUGCUCUCUCAAACGCAAAUAUGGCAUCCAAACAACAGGAAGGACGUAUGUCCGUAAAAAGUAUCGACAGCUCAAAUUCUCUUGAUGAAACCAAGAAAAGCAAGGACAUGGAGUUUGACAACACAAGGAUCAAUGAAAACUCAGACAGGAUUACACCAAAACCACGACCGGCAUAUACCAAGCAAUCUCCUGAUUCAACUGAUAAUUUAUCACAACACCGGCCAUCACCUGUGAUGUCCGUACCAACCCCGAUUGUUCCAUUCAAUUUCACAAGGGACGAAAUGAAACGAAAAUCACCUUUCAAUUUCUCACUUAAACUUAACAACAAUGCUGUUCAGAGGAACAAAUCAGUAUCUCCAUCUCUUCCUAAAGAUCUAUCCAAGAAUAUUCACAAUGAUGAUAAGAACUCUGAAUAUUCAGAUGUAGAAGAAGAUACCAAGAAGGAUCAGGGUGAUCAGCCUUUGGACUUAUCAGUAUCACGCAAAAGUGACAAAGAAUCCGAAGCUGAUAAUGAUGAUCGUUCCUUUCGAAACUCUUCGGUUAAAUCAUAUUCGCCACCAGAGAGCCCGAUCGAGCGUAGCAAGACUCCAGAAAAUGACACCACUGACGUGGACGUUGAAGGCGUAGAGCCGAAGCGUGAAGAUUCUCCAUUAGUGUCACCCCCUCUUGCAUUCCCAAUGCCCGUCCAUCCACAGCACAACAACAUAAUCGAUGCCAUGUAUCGGCCACGAUUUCCGUCCUUUCACUCGUCAGAGAUUCUGAACUCAUCACACUCGCCGUACGUUCCGAGCCCGUUUAAUUUUUUAUCCCCACUUCUUGGCACCGAUGGGCCGGACCGGCAAACGAACGCUUACGCCAAAUUCCGUGAGCUCAGCACCGGAUCUGGAAAGCUACGAGACCGCUACGCCUGCAAAUUCUGCGGCAAGGUGUUCCCCCGAAGUGCGAACUUGACCCGGCACCUCAGGACCCAUACCGGCGAGCAGCCUUACAAAUGUAAGUAUUGCGAGCGCUCCUUCUCCAUUUCGUCCAACUUGCAGCGACACGUACGGAACAUCCAUAAUAAGGAGAGGCCUUUUCGAUGUCCAUUGUGCGAUAGGUGUUUCGGGCAGCAGACGAACCUCGACCGGCAUCUGAAGAAGCACGAGGCGGAGGGCGGGGAUUCCCCGAGUUCGGCUGAUACCGAGCGUGAGGAUGCGUACUUCGAUGAUAUCCGUUCGUUCAUGGGGAAGGUGACUUGUUCGCCCGGAGCGGGGACUCCCCCGGCGACGUCUCCUCACGGGCCGGCGCAUGGCCACCGGCCGCCGCUGGCGAUCUCCACAUAGCCCCCGAUGUACCCGCUGCCCCCACCGCCGCUCUGGCCUCAGCCGUUCGAAUAGCGUCGAUUUGGUGCUGACUCGUUGCUUUUGGAACUUUGAAUGUGAGAAUAUUAUCUGAAGCAAAUUGCCUCGUCCCCAUCCCUAUUUCGUUGGGAGACGAACGUAACUAAAUUAUAUUUAUUUAUUCAGUUUCAAAGUUGCAAAAGCAGAGUCUAAUUUAGCGGGUUUACGAGUACGUAUAGUAACUCUCUAUCGUUGAAACUGAGAGCAAUAUUGUAAGUAGUAUUAUGCUGUUCACGAAAAUGUACUGCAAAGUUUCGCAAAACUUUAAAACUGUAUAGAAUUCGCAACACUUUAGAUAAAAUGUUAUUCAUUCACCUAAUAUUGGUAGCAGAAACGCGCAUAUUUCUAACAUGACAAACACUAAUUAGUUAAGGAUUUGUUAAAUAUGAAAUAUGUUAUGUUUAGUUCCUAGCUUAAAUAUAAGAUUUAAAAUGUAGACGUUUUGAGAGUGUAAAUAUUAUAAAUUGUAUUGUAGCUAAGUUUGUUAAAUUGUAAAAUAUAGUUGUUGUAAGUCGAUUCACUGUUUAAAGCUAAAUUUUAAAAAUAAUUAAAAUUCAUUAUUUUAUUUAUUCGAUGAGUGCUUAAAUUCGCGGGAGCGUUCGUAACUCGUUUAGUCAAAAAACUCACCAAAGUUUUCUUUAAAAAAGAUAAUGAAAUGAAAUUCGGUAUGUUGGUAUAAAAAACUUAUAUUUUUGUAGCAAAAAAUUGUACGUCUAUUUAAUUUAUCUGAAGGUUUGUGCUCCAAAAGCAAUUCCUUAAUAAAAUUUUUGUUAUAAUAUUGUUAUUUACACUGUAGAUUCAAGAAAAGUUGACACGAAAAGCAUAUCACGUCUUAGAGAAAAGCUCAAAGAUUUAGAUAUUGUAAUUAAAUCUAUAUUAAGAUAAACAGUACCUAUUACAAUAACUGUAGUGUAAGUUUCGCAAUUCCUAUAAAUUCCUUGAAUAAUAAAAAUGUGUAACAUAAACUUUCACACGGUUUCCUAAAAUCAAAAUAUUGCACAUUUUUCAUUAGAAAAGGAGUUAUUAUCUUGCAUUCUUGAACAUUUUUAAAGUUAUUUGGCAACAUCAUUGUAAAAUAGGAUUUUUAAUGUACUGUAUAUUGUGACUUUUCCUUCACUAUUGUAAAGUAAAGAAGCAAAAUAUUCUGCGUUAGAUAUUUGUACUAUCAUAUCACUUUUGAGGCGUUAGUUAAUUUUAAGGAUUUUAGCGUCACACGAAUUAAAGCCGAUGGUCAACACUUUCAAUAUUCAUGUUAUUCUAUUAAGAGAUAUGGGUAUUGUAAUGCAUUGGAAAAUAAAAAAUGUACAAUCUG